AUGUCAAAGGAAGCUCAACUCUCGAUUGCGGAGCGUGACUUCAUUCUUGAGGCGCUUCGUGAGGAUGUGCGGCUUGAUGGCCGUCAGCCUGAUCAGUUUCGUCCCAUGGACAUCUCGUUUGGUGAAGAAUAUGGACAUGUGAAGCUGCAGCUUGGCAAGACGAGCCUUAUUGUUCGCAUAUCCGCUGAGGUCACCAAGCCUCGUGAGGAACGUCCUUUUGAUGGUCUAUUCAACAUCAACAUGGAGCUCAGUUCCAUGGGCUCUCCCGCCUGGGAGAAUGGACGCUCCAAUGAUCUCGAGGCAUCUGCCACCAACACCCUUGACCGCGUCAUUCGUCACUCCAACGCUCUCGAUACUGAGUCUCUCUGCAUCAUCAAAGGUGUGAGCUGUUGGAGCAUCCGUGCUGAUGUGCAUGUAAUCGACUACGAUGGAAACCUUACCGAUGCAGCCUGCAUUGCCAUCAUGACCGGACUGCAACACUUCCGCCGGCCGGAUGCUGUGGUCAAGGAUGGCCGGGUCAUCGUCUACGCGGUUGAGGAGCGUGUGCCUGUCGCCCUCAACAUCACCCACAAGCCUCUCUCAAUCACCUUCAACACUUUCAACGACAGCAAGCAUGUCAUUGUUGAUGCUACCCUCAAGGAAGAGCAGGCAUCUGAGGGAGACCUCGUCAUUGGCAUCAACAGCGCCGGCGAGCUCUGCUACAUGUCCAAGAUCGAGGGUGCUCCGAUUAACCCCAUGGUUGUUGUCAACAAGACGAGUGUGGCCUGGGACAAGGUCAAGGAGCUUAAUCUCAUUAUCGACAAGGUUCUGCGGACUGAUCUGGCCAAGCGGGCGAAGGUUGGCAUGGCUGAUGAGUCGCGGGCUGAGAAUGACCGGUUGAUUGCAACCGAAUGA